CCCACAUUGGUUUGGUACUCAAGGGUGCUCGACGGUUACUCUCGGAUAGCACAGGCCGAUGGAGACGUGAUUCUUGAACGCGCGACAGAGAGACCAACAGCCGGACAGCCGGACAGGACGACGAGCCGGCCAGAGCGGAAGGGAGCUUGGACCACCUCGGCCCUUUUCCCUGCCCUUGUUCCUUUUUCUUGGUCUCCAGACCCCAGUUCACCACACCCUCCCCCUCUCAGAGCUACGACCCCGUCAUGGCAGAUUCCGACGAAGAGUAUAUCGGGGAGAUUUCCGAGGACGAAGACGAUGGCAACCUGCAAGGAUCGCGAGGGGAUGCGGCGCUUGCACCUCGCCCAAAGAGAAAGAAACAGCGUGGAGGCGCGGAAUGGGAGGUGUCCAGGACGUGGGAAUCCUUGGUGGAGAGCGCAGACGGCACCAUCAGCUCGACUGUCGAGGGGCUUCUGGAAGCUGGAAAAAGGAAGAGGCUCUUGAGGGACACAACGCCGCUACAACGGGGCAUCAUCCGUCACCUGGUGCUGAUCCUCGACCUAUCGCAGUCAAUGACGGAAAAGGAUCUUCGGCCGACUCGAUAUCUUCUUACCCUUCGGUACGCGCAAGAAUUUGUAAAGGAGUUCUUUGAACAAAACCCUAUCUCACAACUUGCCGUCCUCGGUCUGCGCGACGGUCUUGCAACUCGCAUAAGUGACAUGAGUGGAAAUCCUACGGAGCACAUCAGCUCGAUACAAGCUCUGAGAGAUCAGGACCCGAAAGGUCUUCCCAGCAUUCAAAAUGGACUGGAAAUGGCUCGCGGUGCUCUAUUUCACACUCCCAGUCAUGGCACUCGCGAGAUUCUCCUUAUAUUCGGCUCCCUCCUUUCCUCCGACCCCGGCGAUAUUCAUGAAACAGCAUCAACCCUCGCCAACGAUAAUAUACGUGUCGGUAUUGUCGGUCUAGCCGCGCAAGUUGCCAUCUGCCGCGAACUCUGUGUGAGAACCAAUGGUGGCGAUGACUCCACGUAUGGUGUUGCGCUCGAUGAGCAGCACUUCCGGGAGCUGAUGAUGGAUGUUACCACGCCGCCGGCAACAUAUUCCCAAAAGCAGUCCACAAGCUCGCUCCUCAUGAUGGGGUUUCCGUCUCGUACUGUCGAAACAUAUCCUUCUCUCUGUGCCUGCCACUCGAGGCCUUCUUGUGGAGGAUAUUUGUGCUCACGAUGCAACAGCAAGGUAUGCGGCCUCCCCGCCGAGUGCCCUUCGUGCGGCCUUACUUUAAUUCUUUCAACCCAUCUGGCUCGAUCAUAUCAUCAUCUCUUCCCUCUAAUAAACUGGGUCGAAGUUCCAUGGCACCGAGCUUCGCUCAGUUCUGUAUGCUUUGCUUGCGGCAUACCGUUCCCUCCUGUGCCUUCCGAGGAACAACUACAAGUAGCGGAGAGUCAGAACAAGGGUAUGAGCAUAAGCAGUCGCUACGAAUGCACUGUGUGUAGGAAUCAUUUCUGCAUCGACUGCGACCUCUUUGCCCAUGAGGUUGUGCAUAAUUGUCCAGGAUGUCAAAGCCGGACGGUUCAUUCAGCCCGAGGAGAGUCUAGUCUAGAUACAAUGGAUACCUCAGCAUAGCAAGGCGUAAUCUCUAAGCCUACAUUGAAAGUCCUCUCAUACACACGAGGGAUGCGCGCAGGGUGUUCC